AUGAAUCCGGCGCAUCGCGACGGGUGGCCACCGACACAGCCGGGCGUGUCUCAGCAAGGUCCUCAGCAAACAGAGCAGGGUCAAGGACAGGCGCCACGGCCCCUGGGAUCAUAUGGACCGAACAAUGCAAACCCACAGGGUCCUCCACAUGCAUCCCCAGCACAAGGUCCCGGAUCUGUACUCCCACCUCCAUCUGGUGGUGGCGGCUAUUACUCUUCAAACGCAGUAGCAACGCACAAUCAAAGCCUGCCCACGUUGCCAGGGAUGACAACGCAAGCCCCACAUUCGUCCCCGCACCAGUCUACACAGAGAGCGCCUUCGUCUGAGGCCGGAGGACAGGGGCAUCAUGGGCCUUCGGCCCCAUCUUACUCGUUGCCAGGCAUAUCGCAGACUCUUCAACAACAACAACAGCAGCAACAGCAGCAGCAGCAUAUGUCUUCUUCGGAACAGGCAAAUGCGGACCGCGAGCGUGAACAGCGCGAGCGAGAGACACGCGAUCGCGAGAUGAUGGAAGCGCAUGCCAUGCAACAGCAUGCUCAGCAAGAAGAAAUGGCCAAACGUGAAGCAGAGCAUCGAGAACGAGAGCACCAUGAGCGGCAGCAACGCGAGCAGGCAAAUGCUCAAAACCACUCUGCACCCAUACAGAUUCACCAGCCUGUGGCGGUGGCCCCCUCGACCCGAACCAUUCAUGGACCGAACGGUCUGUUAGGACAAGCAGGCCCUAUGAAUGGUCCCAAUUCUCUCGCGCCACCUAUGGGUGGACCAGCUCCUGCUGCUGGGCCAAUGUAUGGUGGUGCCGCGCCUCAGCAUGAGCAGACCACGCCCAGAAUGCAACAUGCUGCACAGGCACCUUCUCAGGCUCAAAUGUUGAUACCAUUCACUGGGCCACCGGGAGCCAUGGGUAUGGGCCAAGGUCAGCAGCCUAUUCUGAAUGAUGCCCUGAGUUAUCUCGAUCAGGUCAAAGUCCAGUUCGCAGACCAUCCUGAUGUCUACAAUCGCUUCCUCGAUAUUAUGAAGGACUUCAAGAGUGGCGCAAUAGACACUCCGGGUGUCAUUGAGCGGGUGUCAACCCUGUUUGCAGGCAAUCCAAAUUUGAUCCAGGGUUUCAACACAUUUUUGCCACCAGGCUACAAAAUUGAAUGCGGUACAAACGGGGACCCCAACGCGAUCAGAGUAACCACGCCUAUGGGUACAAUGGUCUCUACAAUGCCUGCGCCAAGACCUCUCUCACCUCCUCGUGGCAAUGCCGUAAAUGGUAACUCUGCACAGCAGCACGAGGGUACCUAUUACGAGACUGCACAGGGUCGUGCCUGGCCACAACAACAGAGAGCACCAGGUCCCGAAGGACAAGAGUCAAUGUUCUCUCCCAAUAAUCGCAAUCUUGGUCAGCCAAUGUAUGGUGCGCAGCAAGGUCAAGGUCAAGCGCCUCUCUCGCCGGAAGUGACAAAUCGGCCUCAUCCUGAUCCUACUGGUUCGGCGGCGACACUCGCUCAUCAACAAGAGCAAAGAGGCGUGUCCCAGCUUCAGAAUGCCGUUUCUGCUGCGGCCGGUCGCUCGCUCGUGUCGCCGAGUGUUGAUGGUCAGGCGCCGCUUCAUGUCCAGUCUUUGAACGGUGUCAUUCAGGUCGCACCUCUGGGUGGAGUUGCUGCUGAGAAGCGUGGGCCUGUAGAAUUUAAUCAUGCGAUUAGCUAUGUGAACAAGAUCAAGAACCGCUUCGCUUCUCAACCUGACAUAUAUAAGCAAUUUCUUGAGAUUUUGCAGACUUACCAGCGCGAGUCAAAGCCAAUCCAGGACGUGUAUGCACAAGUGACGACCCUAUUUGGCGGCGCACCAGACCUUCUGGAGGACUUCAAGCAGUUCCUUCCAGAGUCCGCUGCUCAGCAUAGAGCGCAACAGCAGGCGGCACGCAGCGCCGCCGAGGACGCGGUUAUGCUGAGCAACGUUCGAGGCGAAUCUGGCUAUGGAGCGACGCCGACGCAGCAAACUCCCCGUGCGGAUACGUCUCGGCUGCCUCCAAUGGGCAACUUCGCGCCUACGCCCACUGCGAAUCGUGACAAUAAGCGUAAGCGUGAACGACAAGGGCCCAUUGCUGCACCUAUGCCUGCGCCGAUGACUCAGGAGCCACCUACGUCAAAUGUUCGUGGUGGGUUCAGUCAGGGCAACGCAAACAAGGCUGGUGCAUAA